AUGUCGUUGACUGAUGAUCAGGUGAAUGCCGAGCUCCGCAAGAUGAAAGCCUUCAUUGAGAAGGAGGCCCAGGAGAAGGCCAAAGAAAUUAGAUUGAAGGCCGACGAGGAAUACGAGAUCGAAAAGGCGUCGAUUGUGCGGUCCGAGACCGCUGCCAUCGACAGCGCAUACGAGCAGAAAUUGAAGAAAGCGUCGUUGGCACAGCAGAUCACGAAAUCCACCAUUGGAAACAAGACCCGGUUGAAGGUCUUGGCCGAAAAGGAAAGGAUUUUGGAGGACAUUUUCGAGGAGGCCGGCAAAAGCUUGGUUAAGUUGACAUCAAAUAAGGAAGAGUACAAGCCUAUCUUGGAAGGCUUGAUCGAAGAGGGAUUGUACGCGAUCUUGGAGGACACCGUCACGCUCAUAGUGAGAGAGGCAGACUUGGACCUGGCCAAAGAGGCUGCCGAGACUGCUGCCAAGACGUUUGCCGAGAAGGCCAAGUUCGAAGUCACCGUGAAAAUCGACGACAAGAACUUCUUGGACUCGGCCCUGGCUGGCGGUGUGGUGGUUGUGAACAAGAGCGGCAAGAUCGAGGUUGAUAACACUUUGGACGAGAGGUUGAAGUUGUUGUCUGAGGAGGCCUUGCCCGGUGUCAGAUUGGAAUUGCUUGGCCCCUCUGCGUCCAGAAAGUUCUUUGACUAA